AACACGGGAACCUUCCCAGAGAGCAUGAGCGCCGGAGCAUGCGCAGUGCAUCAAGCCGAGACUGCUCAGAUGUUUAAACAGUCCGUUUGUUGGGUCAUUGGCAACUUGAUUUGGAGGCCAAGUCACUUCAGGACCUACAGAGAAUUUCAGAAGAUGAAGCCAGUCAUGACCACAGACAGGCAAACAUCCAGACUUUUGUUGAACCAUUACAAUAAUAAUGGACCAAAUAAACUACAGUUGGCAAGGCAUUGUCAUUAUUUGAACGAGCUACUACAGCUGGAAGCUGUGAGGAAAUACAUUGAGACCUUGAAAGAAGAAUACAAACAAAUUAACAUUGGAGUGAAUUACAUCCAGUUGGCUCCACUUAUACCUCUGUUGGAGGAGAUGCAGUCAUCAGAAAAAGAUUUACUGGAGUUGGAAUCGAUGUAUAAAAGUGUGAAAGGCAGAGCUGACCAGGAACUAAUACAGUUGGUGUUUGAAGAACGUCAGCAGCUCCAUAAAAACAUUGAAGUGUUGCAGGGGAAGCUUCUUCACACACUGGUACAAAGAGAUGAACAUGACAAAAGUAACGUGAUUCUUGAGGUGACAGCCGGAAGAACUACAGGAGGUGAUAUAUGCCAGCAGUUUACAAGGGAGAUUUAUGAUAUGUACAAGAAUUAUGCAGAGUACAAGAACUGGAAAUUUGAAGUACUUAACUACACGCCUGCUGACUAUGGAGGAUUGCACCACGCCUCAGCAUAUAUUUCAGGGGAGAAUGCUUAUCGGUUCUUAAGACAGGAAGGUGGAACCCACAGAGUUCAGAGGAUUCCUGAAGUAGGCCUGUCAUCACGGAUGCAACGUAUCCACACUGGAACCAUGGCUGUUAUUGUUCUACCACAGAUUGAUGAGGUAGAUAUUCAAGUAGAUGCCAAUGAUCUGAGGAUUGAUACAUUUCGUGCCAAAGGAGCUGGGGGACAGCACGUAAAUACGACAGACAGUGCAGUGAGAAUUGUCCAUAUUCCAACAAGUAUAACCAUAGAAUGUCAACAGCACCGAUCACAGUUAGAAAAUAAAAAGCUGGCCAUGCGCACACUGAAAGCAAAAUUGUACCAGAGGAUUGCAGAACAAAAACAGGAAAAGAUGCAGAAUACCCGUAAAAUGCAGGUUGGGACAAGAGCUCAAUCUGAAAGAAUUCGCACUUAUAACUUCACACAGGAUAGGAUUACGGAUCACCGGAUCAACUACGUUUUGAGGGACAUUAAGGAGGUGCUUUGUGAUGGCAGACAACUGGAUGAACUGAUUAAUAAACUUCUAGAGUCAGCAGAAAAGGAAGCUCUUGUAGAGUUCAUAGAAACAAGUAAUAAAAGAACAGGAGGGAAUGAAAGCUGAAAUAAUCAAACAGGUGGAGUUGUAUUCAUACCAAACCCGCAAUGGAAAAUUAUUUAAUGGCCCAUUGUAUUCUGACUGAAGUUCAAAUGGCCACUGGAGGAAACAAAUAUGUAUUUCAAAAUGAUCCGGAGCAAAAGUUCUAUGAAUUCUACAGCUAUAUGAAGUUAAUGAUUUACAACCUGAAA